AUGAACGACUCAGAUAACAUCGAGGCCCCUGUGCCAACAAGAAUCCCCUACUGGAGAUUGGUCGCUGACCAGGCCGGUAUCACACCCGAAGUUCAAAACUACAAAUACGAUGGUUCAGGUACAGAGGAGGAUCCCUACCGCGUGAAAUGGAUCCCCAACGACCCCCGAAACCCCAUGACCUUUAGCCAGGUCAAGAAGUGGUCCAUCACAAUGACCGUCGCUCUCACAACCCUUGCCGUCGCCCUCGUGUCAUCGGCCUACACUGGUGGUAUUCGACAGAUCAUCAUGGAGUUCCAGAUCAGCCAGGAGGUUGCUACGCUCGGCGUGUCACUGUUUGUGCUGGGUUUCGCAAUUGGUCCUCUUCUCUGGGCUCCCCUCAGUGAGAUGUUCGGUCGCCAGUACCUCUUCAUCGGCACCUAUGCUGCCCUCACUGCCUUCAACGCUGGAUGUGCCGGCGCCAAGAACGCCGAGAGUCUCCUUGUUCUGCGAUUCUUCGCUGGUGCAUUCGGCUCUUCACCCCUCACCAACGCCGGUGGUACCAUCGCCGACAUGUUCCCCGCUUCCCAGCGUGGUCUCGCCAUGGCCAUCUUCGCUGCCGCUCCCUUCCUCGGACCUGUCCUUGGACCCAUUAUUGGAGGUUUCCUUGGUAUGAGCGGCGGUUGGCGCUGGGUCAUGGGCUUCCUCGCUGCCUUCUCUGGUGCUCUCUGGAUCGUUGGAACCAUGUUUGUCCCCGAGACAUACUCCCCCGUCCUCCUCCGCCGACGUGCCGCCAAGCUGUCCAAGAUCACCGGCCACGUCUACGUCAGCCAGAUUGACUACGAGCGUGGUAAGGUCACCCUCGCCGACUCCUUCAAGACCGCCCUCUCGCGCCCCUGGAUUCUGCUCUUCAAGGAGCCUAUCGUCCUUCUUCUUUCCAUCUACAUGGCAAUCGUCUACGGAACCCUUUACAUGCUCUUCGGCGCAUUCCCUAUUGUCUACCAGCAGCAACGCGGAUGGAACGCGGGUGUUGGUGGCCUGGCCUUCCUUGGCAUCAUGGUCGGUAUGCUUCUGGCUAUUGCCUACACCAUCCCCAUGAACAAGCGCUAUGUCAAGAUCGAGGCGGAGAAUGGCGGCUUUGCCCCUCCUGAAGCUCGUCUUCCUUCAUGCCUGAUCGGUUCCGUCUGUCUGCCCAUCGGCCUCUUCUGGUUCGCAUGGACCAACGGUCCCUCUACCCACUGGAUGGUCAGUAUCGCUGCCGGUGUCCCCUUCGGCUUCGGUAUGGUUCUCGUCUUCCUCAGUGUCAUGAACUAUCUCAUCGACUCCUACACCAUCUUCGCCGCCUCCGUCUUGGCUGCCAACUCCGUUCUCCGAUCUCUAUUCGGUGCCGCAUUCCCUCUCUUCACCACUUAUAUGUACAAGGACCUCGGCAUUCACUGGGCCUCUUCAGUUCCUGCCUUCCUCGCUCUUGCUUGCGUUCCCUUCCCGUUCCUGUUCUACAAGUACGGAGCUUCUAUCCGCGAGAAGUGCAAGUUCGCCGCCCAGUCUGCUGCUUUCAUGCGCAAGCUGCAAACCGAUAAUGCUGCCACCGCUGAGGAGGAGAAGAAGGACGAGACUGCUCCCGCCGAGGAGACAUUCGACGAUGAUGCCUCAACUGAGGUCGACGAGCCUGCCUACGCUCCUAUUACCGCGAGCAGGACUCACCAAUCCACACGAUCUCAUGCAUCGCAUGCUUCUCGUGCUUCGCGGGCUUCAUUCGCCUCGCGUCGCAAGUCAUACGAUGGCAACCCCUACGAUAUCGACAGAGUCAACACGAGACAAUCAUUCACAUAA